GAGGCGACUGUCAAUGGAACCCGUACCGGUCCUACCCCUUUUUCGAAUGGAGGCGUCCAGCCUUGACCGUCGGGCUGCAGGCAACUGCCUUAUUUAUCUCAGUCCCUCCUCCUCCCCACGGACGGACCCCACCCGAGCCAACACAGAAGCUUCCGGUUUCAAAAGGCCGGUCCUUUUUUACCCCAAGCUUUCCUCUCCUUUAUCUCCUUUCCUCCUCUACCUCCUCACCAAUUUCUCCAUGGAUAUCAGCAGAUUGUUGUCCACCAAUACUUCUUCUCCCCUGACCAAGAAGGCUAUGGCACAGGGCGAU